UCCUUGGUUUUGGGUUUGCAAUCAUAAUCUCAGUCGUUCUAACCUGGAGAACUAAUUCCAAAAUAAAAUUACCUGUUCUCUCAGUUUAAUCUAGGGAAUGAAACUGGUGAAGCUCAACACUCAGAGAAGAAUGAUGCAAGCACUGGAGGAGAGUCUGAAAUCAAGUCUGUACCAUCUGCAACCAGUGAGAAAGUGAUGCCGAAACUGACACUUGUGUUGAUUGGUGACACAAAUUCCACUGAGAUUGGAUCAAAAAACCUCUUAAUUGACCAUGACGAGCAAACAAAUAUUGAACAGUUUUCAUCCAAACUGUAUGAUUUAUGUGGUCGACACUUCUAUGUCAUUAACAUGCUUGGUCUACAAAAUAUUGACAAAUUCCCAUUUAAUCAGGGAAUUCAUGCCUUUCUCUUACUGUUACCAAAUGGUCAGCAUAACAGCCAGUACAGUUCAGGAGUGCAGUGGUUAGAAAAAGCCUUUGGGAAAGGAUCAGUUGCUUAUUUAAUGACAGUUGUGACUCAUGCGUCAGAUGAAAAAUGUGAAAGUGCAUUGACAGACCUGAAAGCCAACAGCAGUUUUGAUGAAAAAAGAUAUCAAACAUGUACAAAAGGUAUGAUGGAUGAAAAAGAGAUAAUCGCUCUGUUGGAAAAAAUAGAUGUCAUGGUCUCUGAAAAUGAUCCACACUGCUACACUGGACUGAUGUGUAAUAAAAAUAAAGAGCAGGAAGAACAUCUAGACCACAAAUCCCACGAAGAAGAGAGGAUUGAUUCCUCUGUGUUUCAGCAAAAUCAAACAGUAGAAGAGAUGGAGGAGAAUGCAAUGGAAAUCAAGGUAAAGGGUCUUCCAGUGAUUGAACCUACAGAUGUUAAAGACUCGGAAAGGAACGAAGACAACACAGGAGGAGAGUCUGAAAACAAGUCUGUGCCAUCUGCAACCAAGGAGAAAGCAGGAGAGGCUGAUGAAGUUAAAGAGGUCAGCAAUGAAAGCAGCAGUAACAUGACUGAGCAGUCUGUGGAGGAGAGUGGUGCAGUGAAGGACGCUGGUCCAACAUCUCAGACUGUUUCAACGGUGACCAAAGAAUUCUGCUUGUUGUUACAUUAUCCUGCAGUGGACAAGCUGGAUGAGAACACAGAAAAAACAGAGGUCAAGUGUAAUCCAUUUAUUGAACUUGAAGAUGUUGAACACACAGAAAAGACAGUAGGAGGAGAAUUGGAAAUCAAGUCAGACCCAUCUACAACCAACGAGAAAAGAACCCUAAAUAUGGAAAUGAGUGGAAAGAUGGAUAAGCAGUCAGUGAAGAUUUCAGAAGAAAUCAACAUAAAGAAACAAAGAGAAACUGAAACACUCCUUUGCAGACUUCACCUUCAAGACAAAAGUCAACAGAAGUUGACUCCAACAGAUUUCCUUAAAAUAGGUCCACCUAUGAAACAGGACCAUGGGACAUGUGAGAAACAUCUAGCUCAUACUUUUCUUCAGAAGUUGAUGAUGUUAGACUACAGAGCCAGAUAUAUUCCUGUCAGACAAGACAGUGCAGAGGUUAGCCACGCAAAUCCUAUACCAGAGGUUGACACAACUGAGACAGAAGAAAAUGACAUAGAUGCUCUUUUGAGCACCAGUGUAGACUCUGAUCAAUCAAAACAGACACGUGUGCAUCCAAUGGAUGUUCAAAUGGCAGUAUUUCACUGUUCAGACAGCUUUUUUAAGCAGAACAUGAUUAUGAAGCUAUCACAAUGUCAGUAUGCCUUACCUUUACUUGUUCCUGACCCAGUCACAAUGGAUAUUGACUGUCCUCUGUGGACAUUCAGACAAAUAAGAAAAACAUGGAAGAUAACUCAAAUCAAAGAUGAUUCAAAAAUGAUCACCAUGAAGAGCAUGCCCAUCUGUAAAGCUGAGACACCAAUGGUGUCAUUUUUCCGUCUGGGGUCACUAUCUCUGUCUAAAUCUCAGCUGAUGAACACUUUGAUCAAUGACCGUCACAGCACCUUCUUCCACAGAAACUGCCCAGGUAGCACCAAGUCUUGUCAUUUAAUGGAAGGAGUAGUAGAGAUUGCCUGGUACUGCCCUGCUGGAAAACCCAAUGAUGCCUUCACUGACUGCAUUGCUUUCUGUAAUCUUCAUGGUGAUGCUCUGUUGAUUGAAAAACAGCGUGACAUACUGACUGAAAAAUCUUCAGUCAAUGUUGUUCUGGUACCAACUCUGGAAAAAAGCCAUCACAGUAGAAAUGUUAUCUCAGCCCUUCUCAAGUCUCCAAAGCCUCUCAUUAUUCUCACUGCUGAUGAUGAUUGUGGUGCAGUUCAGAUGAAGAAAGGAAAAUACAAAAUGGGUCUAAAAGACAGAAGCCAGUCAGAUAUUUCUGAUGAACUAAAAGGAAUCAUUGGAAAGAUUUUGUCUGAACCACCUGCAUCCUUCCAGCUUGAAACCAUGACUGAGGUCUCUGGAAUCAGAGUGGAUGAAAAUGACACAGUCUGCAACAAAGGGAAAUCUGCUGCAAAGAAAAUGGUGGAUUUGCUUCAGGGGAUGGAUGUUUCAAAGAUCAAAGAUAAAUUCCUCCCAUGCCAAGGCCAACUUUGGCAUGAGUGGGGCAGAAUAAACAAAGAACUGUAUCACCUCAAAGGAAACAUUGAGAAUGAGAAAUGUAAAAAGCAAAAUGAACUGAAGAGAAUAAGACAGGAUCAAUGCUCUGCUUCCCCUAGUAAACUGAUAAAGGUGUUCAUUGAAAGCCUCUCAUCUUUGCCACCAACAGACAAAGAGUAUUUCCUUAAAUGGACUCAGAUCUUGAUAGAUGCCCUCUCCGCAGACGAUCUCUCUUUAAUUCUCCAAAACUAUGAUGAAAAGUGGUCUGAGCUUGUGGUUUUGAAAGAGAAGCAUGACAAAUCUGAUCAUCUAAAAAACAAGCAAACUGAGCUCGAUCAAAUAUCAAGAAAACUACAGUCAGCGACUUUUGGCUUGGAGCACAUGUUUAGAGAAAUGGGACAGAUCUAUGAAGCCCAUGCAUUUCUGCAGAAACAAACAAAGAUGGAACGGACUGACUGGUCUAAAUACCCUGAGCUGGCUGCAGAGCUGAUGAUAGCAGGACACCCAAUGGAGCUGAUGGAUGGUGAUGCAGGUCAUGUGCCUUUAACAUGGAUCUCCAGUCUUUUAGAUGAAGUCAUCAAGAAACUGGGUGACAAAAAAGUUUUUGUUUUGUCAGUUUUGGGUGUACAAAGCAGUGGAAAAUCCACAAUGCUGAAUGCAAUGUUUGGGUUACAGUUUGCAGUGAGUGCUGGUAGGUGCACCAAGGGUGCCUUCAUGCAGCUAGUCAGAGUGUCAGAGGAGAUCAAGAAAGACUUUCAGUUUGACUAUGUUCUAGUGGUGGACACUGAAGGACUGCGUGCUCUUGAGUUGGCAGGUAACGCCUCUCUUCACCACGACAAUGAACUGGCAACAUUUGUUGUUGGUCUGGGAAACAUGACAUUGAUCAACAUCUUCGGAGAGAAUCCAGCUGAGAUGCAAGAUAUUCUGCAGAUUGUUGUUCAGGCUUUCAUGAGGAUGAAGAAAGUUAAACUUUCUCCAAGUUGUGUGUUUGUUCACCAGAAUGUUACAGAUAUUGCAGCUGCAGAGAAAAACAUGGAUGGAAAGAGACGCCUGCAAGAAAAAUUGGACCAGAUGGCCCAACUAGCAGCCAAAGAGGAGGUUUGUGAUGCUGAGUGCUUCAGUGACAUCAUUGCUUUUGAUGUACAAAAAGAUGUAAAAUACUUUGCCCAGCUAUGGGAGGGAAGUCCACCUAUGGCUCCUCCAAAUCCAGGUUACAGUGAGAGUGUUCAAGAGCUGAAGAACUUCAUCCUCUCUAAAGCUUCACAGUCUGCUGGGAUUAGUCUCUCACAGUUCAAAAGCAAAAUUCAGGACCUGUGGAAGGCCCUGUUGAACGAAAACUUUGUUUUCAGUUUCAAAAACACACUUGAAAUUGCAGUGUACAGAAAACUUGAGGUCCAGUAUGGGAACUGGACCUGGGCCCUGAGGAGCAAAAUGUUGACCAUUGAAAACCAGCUUUAUACAAGAAUAGAAAAUGGAAAACUUGACAAUGUCGAGCGCAGUUGUCUUCAAACGGAAAUGAAGAAAACAUAUGAAAAGAUCAAAAAAGAUAUGACAACAUAUUUUGAUGACAACAAAGAUAAAGAAAUGUUGGUUCAGUGGCGAGGCCGAUUUGAAAGCAAAAUCAAAGAGUUUUAUGAUGAACAAGUGAAUGGAGUUCAGAAAAAACUGGAAGAAAUUAUCCAGCAGAAGAAUGCUCGUAAAAAACUUGAUGAUAAGAAGACAGAGUUUGAGAACAAGCUGCUAGAAAAGAGCAAAGAGCUCGCUCAUCAGUUAAAAGACAAGGCAAAAGAUGAAGAGGAACUUAAAAGGCAGUUUGACUCUGUUUGGAGUGGCUGGGUUAAUGAACUAACUGCAGACACAAAACCUUUUCAGGACAUCAGCUAUGACAAAGAUGAGUCAGAUAUCCUUGAAGAGCUUGGUAUUGAAUGGUCUCUCAUAAAUGAAUCCAAGAGCAGUGGCCGUUACAAAAACAUAUCAGAGGUUGGAGAUUAUUUUGAUUAUAUAAUCCCCCCAAAGCAUCAAGAAUUUUGUGACACAAGCCAAAAAUCCCAAGAUGAUAUGAGGGAAAACAAGAACCCAAUAGUGCAACAAAGAUAUUCAUGGUGGAUGUCUUUCAAAAAGAUGUUGGGAUUUUCAAGACAAAAAAAGGAAAAACAUACAUCAGGGACUUCUUUACCAUAUGAUGAACAGCAACUGAUCAGAUCCCUCAUUGAUGAUGUUGAACAACAUAACCUAGACAUAAUUAAGCGUAAACCUGUAGCUACAAGAGGCUACAGUCAAACAUACUUGCAAGAAGUGGCCAAAAAUGUAAAAGAAAGUGUGAAAGAAUUUGAAACAAAGAGGAAAUAUGCUCUGAAGAAGGAGUUUACAGUUGAUCUCUUACUGUAUGUAUUUGACAGAGCAGGUAGUUGGCUUUCAGAGUCCCACAGGAAAUUCAAAAUGAACAACGAUGCACUCAGUUAUUUGAAAAGCAAGAAAAACCAAUAUUACAACAUUUUCAGAAGCUUCUGCAAAGGAAACUCGUCUGCUGUUGUGCUUGGAGAACUGAUCUGUGAAAAACUGAAGAGUUCAGCUGUUGAGGCUGUCUGUAACAAGACUGCCAUUGAUCUCGCUGGAGAGAUGAGGUGCAGUUUCCCAGCAUUCAAUGGGAACAGGUUGAACUUGGAGAAACAUGUGUUGAAGUCACUGGCAGAGGAAGAGGACUUUAAUGGCUAUAUCACCUACAUCCGACACCCAAGGAGGCAAGUAGAGACUUUCAUAAAAGAAGAAGUAAAGAAAUACAUCUUCACAGAGAACAAAGAUAAAGCAGGAAAUAUGCUCAAGAAAAAUGUUGAAGACACCAAACAACUUGUAAGUCGAGCUUUAUUUACUGCAACAGAGAAAGUCAAAACUCCAGAAAAGCAGAUACGGACAUGUGGGUGGAGGAAUUUUCCAGUUUGCUAAAAGAUGAGCUAACAUUUGACACCAUUAGUUGUCAAAACUUCAGGGACAUAAACAAUUUUGACUUUCUUAAAGAAGAGAUUGAGAAAGGCCUUAAAUCCAUCAUGGAAGAGAUGAGCAACAUCUCACUGGAUAAGAUGAAGGAAUUCAGACUGA